CACAGGCUGCUGCUGCUGUUGUUGUUGCUGCUGCUGCCUCGUGGUGACGCUGCCUCUCGAUUCGCUGCCAAAUCCACGCGGCGGCCGCGAGGGGCGUCGCCUGAAAUCCGCGACCCCGGGGCCCGAGCCACCGCCACUCGGCAUCCUCCUCCACCUCCUCCACCUCGCCGUCUCUUCUCGUCUCCUCCUCCUCGCCGCCGCCGCUGCUGCUGCUGCUAACCAUGGCCCCCAACGAGCUGGCGCUCUUCAGCGUGUCCAACAAGGAGGGCCUGGUGGGCCUGGCCUCUCGGCUGGACGCUCUCGGGCUCGGCCUGGUGGCUUCCGGAGGGACCGCCACGGCUCUCCGCGAUGCCGGCCUCUCCGUCAGGGACGUGGCGGAGGUGACGGGUUUUGCCGAGAUGCUGGGAGGCCGAGUGAAGACUCUGCACCCAGCCGUGCACGGAGGGAUUCUGGCACGCUCGUCGGCUGGGGACCAGGCAGACUUGGAAAAGCACGGCUUCAGCAUGAUAAGGGUGGUGGUGUGCAACCUCUACCCGUUCAUUAAAACCGUCUCGACGCCAGGCGUCACCGUGCCCGACGCCGUGGAGCAGAUCGACAUCGGCGGAGUCACGCUGCUGCGCGCGGCCGCCAAGAACCACGAGCGCGUCACGGUGCUGUGCGAUCCAGCGGACUACGGCACUGUCGCCGCAGAGAUGGAGGCGUCGGCAGAGCGGGACAGCUUGCCCGAGACGCGGCGAUGCCUGGCGCUCAAGGCGUUUGAGCACACCGCGCGCUACGACGCCGCCAUCGCCGACUACUUCCGCCGCGAGUUUGGGCGCGGCGCGGCCCAGCUGCCGCUGCGCUACGGCAUGAACCCCCACCAAGCGCCGGCGCAGAUCUACACCACGGGGCCCCGCCUCCCCCUCACCGUGCUCAACGGCUCCCCGGGGUUCAUCAACCUGUGCGACGCUCUCAACGCGUGGCAGCUUGUGCGGGAGCUCAAGACGGCGCUGGCUCUCCCGGCGGCUGCCUCUUUUAAGCACGUCAGCCCUGCCGGUGCAGCGGUGGCCGUGCCGCUGAGCGAGGAGGAGGCGCGCGUGUGCAUGGUGCAGGAUAUUGCCGGUAGCCUGAGCCCUCUGGCGACCGCGUACGCCCGCGCCCGGGGCGCUGACCGCAUGUCAUCAUUCGGCGAUUUCAUCGCUCUCUCGGACGUGUGCGACGUGCCGACUGCCAAGAUCAUCUCUCGCGAGGUGUCGGACGGCAUCGUGGCGCCAGGAUACGAAGAGGAAGCGUUGAAGAUCCUGGCCAAGAAGAAGAAUGGGAAUUACUGCGUGCUGCAGAUGGACGCUGCGUACGAGCCGGAGCCGCAGGAGUCGCGCACCGUCUUCGGCCUGCAGCUGCAGCAGAAGCGCAACGACGCCGUCAUCGACCGCACGCUCUUCUCCAACGUGGUCACGGCUCGCAAGGAGCUGCCCGAGGAAGCCGUCCGCGAUCUGAUUGUGGCGUCGGUCGCUGUGAAGUACACGCAGUCCAACUCUGUCUGCUACGCCAAGAACGGACAGGUGAUCGGCAUCGGGUCCGGGCAGCAGUCGCGCAUCCACUGCACGCGCCUGGCCGGCGACAAGGCCAACCACUGGUGGCUGCGGCAGCACCCGCGUGUCCUCGGCCUGCGCUUCCGCGCCGCCGUGAAACGCGCCGAAGUCUCCAACGCCAUCGACGUGUUCGUCUCCGGCACCGUGGGGCAGGACGUGGACCUCGCCACUUGGCAGGCCCUCUUUGAGGAGGUCCCCGAGGCCUUCACGGAGGCCGAGCGGAAGGACUGGAUUGGUCGCCUCGAGGGCGUCGCCCUGAGCUCCGACGCUUUCUUCCCGUUCUGCGACAACGUGGAUCGCGCCAAGCAGAGCGGCGUGCAGUUCAUAGCGGCGCCGUCUGGAUCCACCGCAGAUCAGCUGAUCGUGGAGGCGUGCGACAAGCACGGCAUAGCGCUGGCGCACACCAACCUGCGCCUCUUCCACCACUGAUGCCACCACCCAGCGCACGUACACACCCGCACACGUGCUCACACCCGCACGUACACACCCACACACGUGCUCACACCCGCACGUACACACCCGCACACACGUGCUCACACCCGCACGUACACCCUUACACACGUGCU